CAUUUCUUGUUUCAUUCUAAAUUGGAUAGUGCACUUCACACAGCUAACAAUGCCAAACCUCACAAAACACGUUAUUCCCCCUUAUGUAUCCAAUUAUCUUCGCACAAUCGAGUUUGGCCAAUUUUUCAUCAAAUCCAUCAAUGUCUUCCUUCACUACUAAUCCAAACAAUACAAACUACGAUGUGUAUUUGAGUUUAUGUGACGAAGAUGCGGGUUCUUUUGUUUCGAAUCUAUAUACGGCUCUUACUUCAGAAGCUGAAGCUGUUGUUUUCUGGGACCAUGAGAGGUCUGAAAGUGGAGAAAUACCAACCUCAAUACUGAAUGUGAUAAGAGAUUGCAAAGUUGCUGUAAUCAUAUUUUCAAAGAAUUAUGCUAAUUCAAAACGGUGUCUUCAAGAAUUGGAGAAAAUAACUGAAUGUAGCCGAACCUCAGAUUUCACUGUUCUGCCUGUAUUCUAUGAUGGUGUGUAUCCCUCGAACGGAAGUUUGCAGAGAGGUAUGUUUGGAGAGGCUUUUCAUGAUUUUCUUGAUAGAAUCUGUAAUGAGGAAGACAAGUUCAUGGGUUGGGUGGCAGCUAUUAGUAAAGCUUACAAAUAUUCCGGACCAAGAUAUUUCUUAGUUAUGGAUAUUUACAGCGAAGAGAUUCAACAUAUUAAGAAUGUAGUUGAUCGUGUUACUUGUGUGCUAAACAAGAAGAUUAACUUGUUCAGUGCUUUCUAUACAGUGAGUAUAAAAUCUAGUGCACAAGAUGUGUUUCAGCUAUUGAAACAAUCAAAUUGUCCUCUCCUACUAGGGAUAUGGGGGAUGGCAGGGGUUGGUAAAACAGCCAUAGCCGAAGCCAUUUAUGAUCAAAUUGGUCCCUAUUUUGAAGACAAGUGCUUGCUCAAAAAAGUCCGGAACAUUUGCCAAAAGAAUAAUGGUCAAGUUUCUUUACAAAUGAAACUUCUUUUUGAUAUCGACAAAGCAACUGAAAUAAAGAUACAUACAAUUGAAUCAGGAAAAGUGAUUUUAAAAGAAAGACUUCGACAUAAAAGGGUACUUCUUGUACUUGACGAUGUAAAUAAAUUGGAGCAACUAAAUGCUUUAUGCGGAUGUCGUGAAUGGUUUGGUGCAGGUAGCAAAAUAAUCAUUACAACAAGAGACAGACAUCUACUCAAGAAGCAUGGAGUUGACCAUAUAUAUAGAGUGAAAGAACUAGACGAAAGUGAAUCGCUUGAAGUUUUGAAUCGGGGCGCAUUCAGCCUGGCUAGAAGUACUCCAGAAGAUUUUGUUGAACUUUCUAGAGAGGUAGUUGCCUGUUCUGGGGGAUUGCCUCUUGCUCUUCAAAAUCUUCGAUCAGUAUUGCAUGGAAAGGAAGCACUUCAGUGGAAGGGUCUGUUGAGGAGUAUGGAAAGAUCAUCCAUUCCAUUUCCACAACUACUAGAAGCUCUAGAAAAGAGUUUUAGUGAUUUGACUGAUGAAGAGAAACAAAUAUUCCUUGAUAUAGCAUGUUUCUUUAAUGGGAUGGACCAAAAUGAUGUACUCCAAACAUUAAACAAGUCAACACAAUGCGCAGCUCUUCAAAUAAGUCUCCUUGAAGACAAGAGCCUUGUAACCAUUGAUGAUAAUAACAAGCUUAAAAUGCAUGUUCUGCUACAAGCAAUGGCAAGAGAUAUCAUUAAGAGGGAAUCAAAUAAUAUGACUAAUCAGCCAAAGAUGUACGAUGUGUUCUUUAGUUUCAGAGGGGAAGACAGUCGUGCAAAGUUCAUUUCACAUCUCUAUUCCUCUUUUCAAAAUGCGGGGAUUUAUGCUUUUAGAGACAAUGAGGAGAUUCAACGAGGAGACCAUAUCUCAAUCUCAUUAUUGCAAGCAAUUGGACGGUCUAGAAUUUCCAUCAUUGUUUUGUCUACAAAUUAUGCUAAUUCAAGGUGGUGUAUGCUAGAGUUGGAGAAGAUAAUGGAAAUCGGCAGAACCAAGGGUCUUGUGGUUGUGCCCGUGUUCUAUGAGGUAGAUCCCUCAGAAGUACGUCAUCAGGAAGGCCAGUUUGGAAAAGCUUUUGAAGAUCUUAUAACAACAAUCUCAGUAGAUGAAUCCACAAAGAGUAAUUGGAGAAGAGAACUAUUUAAUAUUGGUGGCAUAGCAGGGUUUGCACUCAUAAAUUCUAGGAAUGAAAGUGCAGAUAUCAAGAAUAUUGUUCAACAUGUCACUCGUUUACUAGAUAGGACAGAGUUAUUCAUUGCUGAACAUCCAGUUGGCGUAGAAUCUCGUGUGGAAGUUGCAACUAAGCUACUAAACAUCCAAAAAUCAGAAGAUGUUCUACUUCUAGGAAUAUGGGGAAUGGGGGGCAUUGGUAAAACAACCAUUGCCAAAGCAAUUUAUAACCAAAUUGGGAGAAAAUUUGAGGGAAGGAGUUUCCUUCUGAAUAUAAGGGAAUUUUGGGAGACAGAUACUAAUCAAAUUUCUCUACAGCAACAAGUACUUUGUGAUGUUUACAAAACAACAACAAUCAAGAUACGUGACAUAGAAUCAGGGAAAAAUAUUUUAAAGGAAAGACUUGCCAAGAACAGGGUACUACUUGUGCUUGAUGAUGUUAAUGAAUUGGACCAGCUAAAGGCUUUGUGUGGAACCCGCGAAUGGUUUGGUCCUGGGAGUAGAAUAAUCAUCACAACCAGAGAUAUCCAUCUUCUUAGAUCGUGUAGAGUUGAUCAAGUGUAUACAAUAGAAGAAAUGGACGAAAGUGAAUCUCUUGAGCUUUUCAGUUGGCAUGCAUUCAAGCAACCAAGUCCAAAAGAAGGUUUUGCUACACAUUCAACAAAUGUGAUUGCUUAUUCUGGGAGAUUGCCACUAGCACUUCAAGUCCUCGGGUCCUAUUUGUCCGACUGUGAAAUAAUAGAGUGGCAGAAAGUUUUGGAGAAACUCAAAUGUAUUCCCCAUGAUCAAGUACAGAAGAAGCUAAAAGUAAGCUUUGAUGGUUUAAGAGAUGUUACAGAGAAACAAAUAUUCCUUGAUAUAGCUUGUUUCUUUAUUGGGAUGGACCAAAAUGAUGUAAUACGAAUAUUAAAUGGGUGUGGAUUUUUCGCUGAUGUUGGAAUGAAAGUCCUUGUAGAGCGAAGCCUUGUAACUAUUGACAAGAAGAACAAACUUAGAAUGCAUGAUUUGUUGAGAGACAUGGGAAGACAAAUAAUUUAUGAGGAGUCACCAUUUGAUCCUGAGAAGCGCAGUAGGUUGUGGCGCCGUGAGGAUGUGUUUGAUAUAUUAUCAACGCAUAAGGGAACAGAAGGUGUCAAGGGACUAGCUUUGGAGUUUCCAAAAAAAAUUACUGUUUGUCUGAAUACUAAAGCAUUUAAAAAGAUGAAUAAACUUAGAUUGCUUCAACUUGCUGGGGUGCAGCUUAAUGGAGAUUUUAAAUAUCUUUCACGAGAUCUUAGAUGGCUGUAUUGGAAUGGAUUUCCAUCAACUUAUGCUCCUGCAGAAUUUCAGCAAAGAAGUUUAGUUGCCUUUGAAUUAAAAUAUAGUAAUCUCAAACAAAUAUGGAAGAAGAGCCAGGUACAGAUGUUAGAGAAUCUAAAAAUUCUUAAUGUUAGUCAUUCUCGGGAUUUGACUGAAACCCCAGACUUUUCAUACUUGCCUAAUCUUGAAAAGCUAGUACUCAAACACUGUCCAAGUUUGUCUGUGGUCUCCCAUAGCAUUGGAUCUCUCCAUAAACUUCUUCUGAUAAAUUUGAAAGACUGCACAGGUCUUCGAAAACUUCCGAAAAACAUCUAUAAAUUAAAAUCUCUGGAAACUUUGAUUCUUUCGGGAUGUUCCAUGAUCGACAAACUGGAGGAGGACUUGGAACAAAUGGAAUCUUUGACAACCUUGAUUGCUGAUAGGACUGCUAUAACACAAGUGCCCUUUUCAAUAGUAAGAUUGAAAAGCAUUGGAUAUAUUUCUUUAUGUGGCUUUGAAGGAUUUUCACGUGAUGUAUUUCCUUCUCUCAUUCGGUCUUGGAUGUCACCAUCAAAUAAUGUGAUAUCUCUAGUUCAAACAUCUGCGUCCAUAUCAUCUCUUGGUACUUUCAAGGAACUUCUAAAGCUUCGAAGUCUUUGUUUGGAGUGUGGAUCAGAUUUACGACUUACUCAAGAUGCAGCAAGAAUUUUGGAUGUAUUUAAAGCCACAAAUUGUAAGAAAUUGGAAGCAAAUGCAAGUACAGCUACAUUGGAGAACCCUGAUAUGUAUGCUUCUCCUUUAAUUGAUGAUUGCCUCGGUCAAGUUCGCACUUCACAGUCAAAUAAUUACUUGAAAUCUCUCUUAAUUCAGAUGGCAACAAAAUGCCGAAUCCCCAAUAUCACUGAAGACAAUAUUUUACAGGCUGCAGAUGGGACUUGGGAUUCAUUUUUUCUCUUUGACGACAAUAAAUCCGAUUGGUUAACCUUCAGUUGCAAAGGUUGUUCUAUAAUAUUUGAUGUCCCAGCAAUAAAGGGGAGUAACCUGAAGAGUAUGAUGUUGUUCGUCGUCUAUUACUCUUCCCCGGACAACAUAGCAUCAGAUGGUUGCAAAGGUGUGUUGAUCAUAAAUUACACAAAGGCAACCAUUCUGGCCUAUAAAAGAGAUACACUAACAUCCUUUGAGGAUGAGGAUUGGAAGAGCAUAACAUCAAAUCUAGAAACUGGUAACAGAGUGGAGGUUAUGGUUGUUUUUGGGGAGGGUUUCAUUGUUGAGAAGACGACAGUAUCUCUCUUAUAUGAUGAACCAGUUGACAAAGAAAUGGAACACUGUCAUGUUGUAGACGGGGAGGAUGUUAUUGCUUUUGGUGAUGACGAUAAGAAUGUUAAUGUUACUGAUUAUAUUAAUGAGCCAGUGGAUAACAAUGUUACUGGUCCUGGUGAAGAUGAAAAUAUAAAGGAAAAUAAGCACUCGCAUGCAGUGGAUAAGAAUUCUAUCUUUUCUAAUGAUGAUGCCAUUGCAGCAAAUAAGAAUUAUGCUGUCUCUGGCGGUGAUAUGUCAACAGAUAAAAUUGCUACUAUUUCUGGUGAAGAUGAAAAUGUGAGUGAUAAUAAGAACGGGAAUGCCAGUAACAAGGAUGCUAAUGCUUCUAGUAAUGCAGAUAAGAAAGUUGUUGAUUCUGAUGGAGAUAAAAAUAGAUUUCGUAGACUCUUCACCAAGCUUCCUUCCCUUGUUCGGGCUGCUCUGAUCUCACGCCCUUUCUGGUUCAGUCUUGUUGUCAUUCUGGUUUGGAUCACUUGUCGUGGUCCUAAGAAGCGAAGUAGUCGAAACCUCCGUACAAGUUGUGCACUUCAAUACGGGGAAAGGCAACACUGGGCAGUGCCUCUGAUGUAUGAGAAGGGGUAAAUGGCUAGCGGAUUGUGUAAAAAAGCUUAUUACUUAAAAGAAAGCCAAAGACGAACAUUGUCUCAGCCAGUUGCAGAGCUAAGCUUUUGUGAGUUAUUACAGAGGAUUGAUUUUUGCACCACACUUUUUGUUAAUACACUCCACUUCCCUUAUUUUGUAAAAUAAUUUUUUUUCACUACAAGAGGACAAUGAUUCUCCAUAGGAAAUUCAACAAUAACCAUCUUAAACACAGAAUCCAGCCAUUGAAGGAUGUCUUUUUCCUGCCUCCGUCUCUGGCAUCUUCAUCUUCUCCGUCAUUGUCUAUUUCAGGUUCACGGGUUCAGUUAUGGCAAUGGCGUGAAGGGGUUUUAAUCUCUAAUGAUCAACAACUUCAUCAUGCAUACAACAUGUAGCGGCUGAAUCCAGUACUCAUGUGUUUGAGUAACUUCAAGAAUAGGAGGUCCCUAUACCUGCAGAGGAGGUUUAGUACAUGCAAAGCCAGUGUACAUCAAUGUUGAGUCAUUUUUUGGUGUCCUGACGAUAUGUCUGUCCUAAGGUCGUUUCAUGACUAUGCUGCAAUUCAGUUGUGGGUUAUUAGAGAUGACCUUGGUUCUCUAAAGGUGGUGUGGUGACCCAUUGACGAAAAAUGAUAAUGAUGAUCAUAGGUCAAGGGUACAUACAGAGCAUGGUAGGCAAGGGUCUGCUGUCUGAUUUUGUUUAGAGGUGGCAUAGACAGUUUUCACCUACUGUCAUGUUUACUACAUCUACCAAACACUCUUCAUUUGUAUCUCGUCAUAUCUAGUGACAUUGUGUGGGCUUAUUUACGUAAUUUCCAAAGGGUCAAACACUCAUACAUGCAAUUAUGGAGAUCGACACCACAAGAGGUACACAUGUUUGCUUUAGUUGGUUGUGAGAUGUCUAGGAGGUGGAGUUAGAUGAUGAGCCUUUAAACUAUGCAGCAAGAGUAUUUCUACUGCAUAUGAUAGACAUUUAUUUUUUAGGCCUUGAGAUAUACUAAAGACACCUCAAGUCGGUCGUUGUUCACCCUCGAGGGGUACAAGUGAUAUGUCUGCUUAAGUCGUACGCUGAUAAUUAAGAGUAGUGUCCAUUUCAAGACAUCUCUUAGUUUUCAGGAUACAUUAGAUCUGUCCAAUGAUGAAUGCUUACUUAUUAGAGAAGCUGUUGUGCAUGUGGUAGGAAUUCUCCAAUCUCAUGUGAGUAGGCUGGUGUGGUGAAAUAUCUACUAAUAAGAUGGACAACUAAUAGAUGCGGUAUGCAGAUCAUGUUGUUGAUAAAGUUGCUUGAGCAUUUCGUGUGACAUAUCCAAGAAAGUGACCUGAUGGAUACAGACUCCAUUGCCUCAUCCCCCUUGGUGAGGGAGUCCUUCUGAAGAUGUUAGUCAGGAUGCCUGUUAGAAUAUCAGACUCUAGUUUUGUGGCACUUAUCCUUUUGUGUUUAGUUUAAAUACUGAUAUUUUGUAUUAUCUAUUUCAUAUUAUGAUGGACACUUAAUAUGUUAUAUUGUUAUUUGUAGACUCUACGUAAGUUGAUGCUUGACACAAGGAUGGUAACAAAAGGGAUUAAGGUUUGGGAAGUCAUACUUAAAGCAUUUGUCAAUA